ACACUCCUGUGUUGUUUAUCUCCGUCAGCUUGAACAAAAAGUCAGAAAAUUUGCAUUCAUCAUCAGCAGAAGAGAAUUUCUCUAGAAAAAGUGUCGAUUUAAUCGAAAAGAAUUGCUCCGUGAUUUCGCGUCCAUCGGGAAAAAGUUCCAUUUUAUGUAGUCGAUAAUGUCGUGCGAAGUGAAAGUGCUAUCCAACGUAGACGAUCUAUCCGAAGUGCAGGACCAGUUUGGAUUGAGCUCAGAGGAAAACUGGCUGAACGCGGUUUGUUACGCGUUGUCUCCUGCGGGAGAUGUACUUGCGUUUGGCCACGGCUCGAUACUGGUGAUCCUCAGCUCGAAAUGGGAUCGGCAGCGGCAGUUGAACGUGUACAGGAUUGCCUGGAAGGGUGCGAUAGACGAUCCAAACUGUCUCAUCACGAGCAUACUCUGCGCUCCGAUGGUUGGCCAGGGCAGCUCCCAGAUCAGUAUGGACUUUAGUUUUAUAGUGGUUGGUCUCGACAAUGGUCAAGUGUUGUUCUACGGUGAAAAUGGAACGCUCAUCCACUCGCAGCUGUUCCACCAGGAACCGGUGCAAGCCAUCAAGGCACAAAGUGGUAAACAUAUCAAUGAGGAGCUGUAUGUGUUCUACGCGUCCUGCGCGGUUAUUAUUCACGGUGCGCAGUUAUUCCCGUUGCUGAGAAGCCUCAAGCAACAGAUUGGUCGGUACGGAGUGGGAAGUCCGCGAGUGAACGAAGCACAGGAAGUGAUUGCGUGUCGAAAGUGGAGCUACGGGAAAAGUAUGACCGUUCAGGACAGUGUUGUGGUAGGUCCUCAGAAGACCUGCACGUUUGACCACUUGCUGACGGCGAGCUUGGAGGGUGGGUUCUUUGCCAAGUAUCGCCAUGCACCUCCGCAAAACUCGUUGAUCGUGGCAGCCGGCAUGAAGCCGUAUAUCGGGUUCCACUAUGCGAAGGAGGGAUUCACGCAGCCUGUGCUGGCGGAUGUGGCAAGGGCCGUGGCCAGCAAGAUCAAGUCGGCGUUACCUUCCUGGUUUGGUGGUUCGUCAUCGACACCGCAGACCCCACCGGAACCGCAACUGCCACCCUCGGAGGCGUUGAUUUGCCGGUUCGGCCUGUGUGACCUUCCCCGCUCCGCCUUCUCCGUGUGGCUAGCCCCGAACUAUUCGCUGGCUGCCGUCGCGGACACCCUCGGCCGGGUGAUACUAAUCGACUGCGCCAAAGGCAUUGCGCUGCGGAUCUGGAAGGGCUACCGGGACGCCCAGUGUGGUUUUGUCGAAGUGGCCGAGAAGGUGGCGAAGGACUCCGUGGUCAAACAGGACCGUCGAAAGGCUCUCUUUUUGGUGAUUUAUGCGCCCAGGCGGUCCGUACUUGAGGUGUGGUCACUGCAGAGUGGGCCCAAAGUGGCGGCUUUUACCGCUGCCAAGAAUGGACAGUUGAUUUACAACACCCACAGCUUAAUGGGCGUUGGGUCGGGAAGCAGCAAGGUCAAGUACAGUGGCUACGGGUGCACCUUCUUUGAUCCGAGCGAUUGUUCGCUGAAAGAAAUCAGCAUUCCGUUUCACUGCGCACUGAGUGAUUCCAAGUCCAAAACUGCCAAGGAUUUGCAUUUACUAAAGAGACUGAAGAUUUGCUUGAAGGCCGGCGAUGGGAGCGAGAAGGAGGAGCAGGACGAGAUGAUUGAGAUGUGCAGGAGCUUUGAAACGGACGAAAUCAAGCAGCAGUGCGUGGAGAUGCUGGCGAAGCACAAGAAAAUCAAGCCAAAGUUGUUCCGAAGUGCAGUUGAAGUGUUUGGCGGGCUGGAUGAAGCGAAUGUUGAUUCGAGUGUGGCGGAGCAUGAGGGUCAGCAGCGGAGCCAUUUGAGUGUUGUCUGUGAGAACUACAAACGGUUGACGUUGUUUUAUCUAUUUUUGAUUCGUGAGUUGGAUGCGGCUGAGCUGACGGCGUCGAGAGAGAUUGAAAAAGAUUCGUUAAAAGAUGGGGAAACCAACGAUGAGCUUGAAGACAGCUGUGAAGACCCGAAAUCAACCAAUCUAAAGUACGAUGAAAAUGUUAAACUCUCCGAAAUGGAACUGGCCUCAAUAGGGAAGCUUAUUGAACUACUGACAAUGAAUGGUUCUACCGAAGGACAUUCAGCGACACGAGUCACUUUUAAAGAUACGACUGUUGAGAGUAAUUCAUUUCAAGAGUAUUUGUCCUACUUUAACGUGAGCAACGAAGAGCUCAUCCUGCUGAAGGAUGACUCCGCUUUGCUGUACAGUUCGCUGGGGAAGAUCAUCUACGAAGACGUGUACCAAAGCAAUGGAGCUCGGCUGGCAGGGUUCGUCCAGGCUGCUGGUAGUUCCGGAAUGAUCCACGAAGACAUGCUGAAAUUGUUUCUGGCAUAUUGGUUGCGGCUUCCGUUUGCGUAUCGCGACAUUGCCGAGUUGGUGGAAGAUUUGAACAAGUUCAACAAAGUCCUCCAUAGAAUCUGUCAGUUGUCUGAAGAAAAGAUUCGCUUUGAAAACAAUACCAUUUGUCUGUGGUGGCAGAAUGUCCGCGAGUAUCUGCUGGAAUCCCCGUGUGCGCUUCGUGGUCUGCUCGCGGCCAUCAUGUGUCGCAAUGAAGCCCUGAAGUACGAGGAGCAUAGCGAUGAAGAUGACUACCAGUUUGAGGAAGUAUCGCAAGAGGCAUGCCAGUGGACGUUGCUGAUUGGGAAGUUGGACGAUGUAGCAGUUCUUGGAACUAUUCUGGCAGAAGGUUUGAAGUGUUCCGAUGUAAAAUAUCCGAGCAUCAAGUAUCAGAAGCCAGACGUCAGUUUGAAGGAGAUUCUCAAGGGAGGUCAAGGAAUAGUGGCGGAAAUGGUUGCAAAGUGGAUCGCUGCCAGUGGAAUUGAUCCUGAAAAGCUGGUGAUAGAAGUGCCUGAAGAAGCAGUUGAAAACGAGCAAGCCGGAGAAUAUCAACCCGAAAUGAGUGAUCGAAAGGAGCGCAAGCGUUUACAACUAAUCAAAGAAGAUUUACUACAAACUAGCGAAUAUGGUGGUAGCAGUGAGUCCGAGCUCGAUCCGGUGCUAUACAACCUUAACAUCUUGAGGAGACAUUUCCCGUUCAGCUUAGACAGUGGUACAAUCCUGUGUCACUUGGCCUGGGAGUACAUUUGUGACUGGAGCAAAAACAUGUCUAACAUUAGCUGUCUCUCUGCCGGUCUUGCCUGCUUGAAAGCGAUACCACGACUACAGUAUUCGAUGAAACACGGGCUGUGCUGCAUGAUUUGGAAUGCGCAUCUCAAAAUACCUCUCGAAGCAACCAAAAAGCUUGUCAAUAAAGUUGGUCGACUACCCAAAGAGAAGCUCUGCCUUCAAGAUAUCGGAAUAUCCGACGCACUGGUGCCUCAAUUCCUGGAAAGCUGCCUAGAAUUUUUCGAUCACUUUUCCAGCACAAUCGACCACGACAAGCUAGAACUACGCUUCGAAGAACUGCUCCAAAACGGCCCCAUCCCUCUAACGACCCUGGCCACACAGCAAAACACAGCCAACAUGGCACUGCUCAAGCUGCACCACGAAAUGACCACCGUCCUGCUCAUUCUAACUUCGUUCAACGUAAAGUACCAAAAACCGAUGCAGCAGUUCUUCGACGGAAUGGCCAACCAGUCCUUCUUCGCCGAAAUCAACCGCCAGCUGGCGUACAGUCUGCCGAAGGCGGAUCUCCUGCUGAAGCGGACCCGGUUCGAGUUUCUGUGCAACAGCAUCACGGCCACCGUGGACCUCAUCCGGGAGGACUUGGACAGCGUGUUCUACACGGACCACAUCUCCUGGGUCGAGCGGAUCGAGCAGCUGGCCGAGGUGUGGGAAAUCAGCAUUCCCGAGCUGAAGAAGCACCAGAUAGUCGAACUUUACGCCCACGGUUGGGACACGUACGCCGAGGAGCUGCUCGAGAACAUCCUGCCGGAUCAGGCGCUCGGAAAUCUGCUGCUGACGAUUGCCGGCCGGCGACUGACGGUGUACACCCGGGCAAACCCACGCAUCUGGGCGCAAGUGGCCGCCGUCGGACCACUGCUGACCGACUACCUGGACACCCUCAUAUCGUCCGACGGAACCGGGCCGCAGCUGCGACUUGCCGAGGGCAACGAGGCGGCAGGCGCCUCCGGAGAGAUUUCCAUCGAAAAGCUGGCCAAGCUGGUGGAGAAAGCCUUCCGUUGUUUGAGUACCGCUAAUAGCCAGCAGUCAGCUGCUGCUGCUGCUGCUGCCAACAACUGCAGCAUCCCCGCUAAAUCAAACCCUUCCCACCUGAAGCCGGGAGGAGCAGGUAAUAACAACAAGACCAAGGAGCUUCGCAUUGCGGGGCUGCUGUUUGACGCGUGCGCCACCAUCAAGGAGCUGAGGUAAAUUGAAGGAUUAGGAUGGGGAAAGGUUGCUGUUGCCUCGUCGGUGGUUUUUGAAUCGCUGUUGAAAUUUAAAUGAAUUUACCUCAAACUUUAUUUCAGCAGAAAAGCUUUUUUUGUACUUUGUGUCCAUUUAGUAUGUUUGAAUUUGAAACUCUACGCAAAAUUGCCGAUUGCCGAUAGUUUCGCGUCAUAAUCAUAAAAUUCUAAAAUUCUAAAAUUCUAAAAUUCUAAAAUUCUAAAAUUCUAAAAUUCUAAAAUUCUAAAAUUCUAAAAUUCUAAAAUUCUAAAAUUCUAAAAUUCUAA